AUGUUGCUUGUUUGCCAUGAACACUUGCUUGUUUUUGAUUUUAUUGCAUCUGAUACGCCAUAUUGUACCCCGAAUCAUCACAUUUUCGUCGAGGAGGGCUUGUUUGCAUUCCACGACGAAGACAAUGAAACCAUUAAACAGACAUGGCCAUUUUGCGAAACGGCCGCAAUUGUGCUUUUGCCUUAUUUCAUAUUUUCGUCGCUUGAAAGGCUUUCUUUGAUCACGAAUGUUGUUCUCCAGCUCUUUAAUGUUGUUCAUGCGGCUCCGAUUCCGAUUGCCACGAUCUGUGGGGUUGGGAACAUGUCUGGCAUUGUGGUGGAUUUUGAGGCCUCGUCAAUUGGGACCAGCCAUUCGAUAUGCAAACUUUUGCAAAUUGUUUCUGAAAAUGUGGCUGAAAUUUUGGACGCCUCAUGUGAGGACAAGAGCGAUGCUGCUCAUUCCUUUAGCUGUGUCGCGGCGAGCGAACUUGAAGAAGCGAUUCGAAGGUUCCUAUGUGGGUCCCUCUCCUUUGUUCUGGACGGACACAAGGCGGUGUUUUCCAAUAAGCUUGUUUCGCUUUUACAUAAUGCGUUGGCUAGCGACCUUUCUGCGGUCGUUGAAUAUGGGAUUUCAUUUGUGCUGCGAUACGUGGAUCCCUUACGCCGCCCCAUUGUGGCCGAGUCGGUUGUCAUUGUGGGAGGACCUUCGAUGCAGCCAAAAGGCCAGCCAUUUUCGUUUCAGAAUGCAAUCAUGGGCAGUGUGCGCCAUCUGGAGAACGGCUCUGAAUAUCAAAGCGCCACUCAGAUGACCACGUUUUGCCUUGCAAAGAUUCCCGAUUACUUUCCAGACUUUCGGGGCCGGCAAGAAUUGCUCCCGUGGCUCGGCGGCCUGAUCUACUCCAAGGAUUUUCAUCUCCAAAAACGAGCUUGCCGACACCGGCGACGCUGCAACGCAGCUACUAAAGGCCCGAUUUGGGAUUUGGUCCACUAG